UAAUCCCAUGGUGUUAUCUCCCUUGCGGGGUCAUCAGCGCCAAAAAUUGUGGUAACGCUAAUUCUUGGUGUUUAAUCCGUAGAUUGGUCGUUUGCACAAAAAAAUUGAAAGGUGCUGAGCCUUUAGUAAGGAUAAACAGUCUCAAAAAUGUCAACUGAAGCUGCAGAUCAGCCAGACUUGUAUAUUGUUCCAAAAGUUGAAGACACAUCAGAUGACAUGGAAUUCAGUAGCAAUAUCAGUGCUGUGAAUACUACACAGAGAAACAUUCCUUCUGAAGAGAGCCUAGAGGGCAUAUUGCAGCCGUUCACCUGUGAUGUUUGUGACAUAAGGGCAGAAGCCAAAUACUUAUGUACAGACUGUGGACACAAUAUUUGUUCUUACUGUUUUGGAUAUCAUGAAAAGUACACUAUAGGCCACCAUGUUCAGAUUAUCACAGCACUAUGCCACUUGACAGCCUCAGAACAAGAAGAUACUCUGAAGGCAAAAGUUAGAAAACAGGCCAAAGUUAUGGAAUCCCUGCUAAGUCAACUUGCAGAGGAAAAACAGGUGCUAGAACAGCAGAUGUGGGCAGCAGAAGAUGACAUUGACAGACGCUUCACAGCCGGACAGAAGGUGAUGGCAGAGAUUCGUGAUGAAUGUCUAGCUAGUUUAAGACAUGCUGUACAUAUGUUCCAUGAUCGUCUUCAAAAUGAAACUCGAGCUGCCCGCUCAAAACAGAAGCAGCUGUCACAGCUACUGUCAAGAUGGGAUACUAACAGUAGCCCUCAACAAGCAGAGAAGGACAUUGAAAAUAUGCUGCUAAGUGACGGGGAUCUUAAAUCCUAUCAAGACCGAUUAGUAAAGGGUAGAUCAAUUUCAUUCUUUGCCUACAAGAUUAAAGAAAGUAGCGUAAGAUUAUCAUCUUUAUCAAGCCAUGUAAGAGACUUUAUGGGUUCGUUGGAGCCUAGCAGAGUCAUAGAAGAAUAUUCCAUUCUGGCAGAUGAACCUGAAGAGAAUUUAUAUGCUGAAAGUGCUCAUAAUUUAAGUGCUGGGCAAUCAUUAGUCUUAGAUUCUACUACAAAAGAUGUAGAUCAGGCUCCAAACAGAGAAAUGAAGAGUAGACUAGAUGGUAUGCUUGUUAUGUUAACCCAGCUGGAGGAAAGAGUAGUUGCCCUUGGAACAGAAAAUGUGUUACUUCGCAGAGAGCUAAAGGACUUUAAAAACAGAAGCUCCCAAUUGCAGACCAUUAGCACAAAUUUGCCAAACAAGCCUGAAGAUUCAAGAGGAGAUGGAAAUGCCAUUGACAUCGAUGCUACAAAGAGCACCUGUUCACCAUCUGAAAAAGAAGAGCCUCCCUCUGAGAAUGGAUCAACAACCUUGUGUACAAUGCAAGAUGUUAUUAGCUACUCCUCUGGUCUACAGCAAGAAAUCACUACAGACUCACAGCCAAAUUCAGGAUGAUCCAGAUGUACAAGGACAAAGAGAUGCUCAACAAGAAGUGAGCACCCCUGGUACACAGAGAGCAUUGAGAUUCUCAGCAAAUGUUAGAAUUCCUAAGCAUCAUCUUGAUUUGAACCAGGAAAAUAAGUCUAAGUUUCAAGAAAGACCAAAACCUGGUACAGCCAAAAGAAUCAAGAAGCAGUCUUCACCUACUAAGGCAAAAAAAUGUCAAAAAAUACAAGAACAAGCAGUGGAGGUGACAAAGAAAAGCUCUGAUGGCUCACAGAAUGCUACAACAUCUGUGCAGUUUCUGCCUCUUUUCAGGCAGCCAGCAGUUGCUCUAGUCAGGAUAAACCCUCAAAAGGAAAUUCUUGUCAUGAAUUCAGGUGCAAAAUCAGACCAAACUGAGAUUCCAAACCAAGUCAAAGAAUUGGGAAAAUUAGUUACAGAACCAAGUGAGGGGAAAAGAGAACGUAAACUGAGACGAUGCUGCUAUCCAAGCUGUGAAGGAAAUAAUGGAGACAAUAUCACAAUGCCAAAGUCCACUCAGCAAGUACAGUUGCCUGAGUCAGUGGAAGUAAAAGUGCGGUCAGUAAGGAUAGGGUCCAUGCGAGCAUUAGCAACCUCUGUCAACUUUAAAGACGACAGGCUGUUAUUUCAAAUCACAAGUGUUUUCAAUCAAGAUACCUACUGCUUUGAAGUUAUGGUGGAAGAUCUCACCUGCAUCCAAUUCACACUGAACAAAACUCAGCCUCUCAUUUUUAUAAAAGUCACAGCUUCAUGUGCUGAGAAUUUGUGCAAGAUUCUGAAGAUGUCUGAAAGGCCACCAGAAAUGUUCAAUCCAUACAGCUAUGAUUUACAGAAGAGUUUUAUUGUGGUAAUCAUUGAGGAAUUCUUGGACGAGUCACAGAUAAGGAAUUUAUUUCAGCAUUAUCGCAGUGCACAUCCAUUUUCCCCAAACUUUUUAAGAGAACUUGCUAAUGAGGAUGCAAACCUUUUACUUGUAAAAUCCUCACCACCAUUGCUUUCUCAUCAUACGAUAUGAAAAGAAAUUUGAUUUAUCAAGUGGAACAAGGAUUUUUUUUUUUAUUUGUGUGAAAAAGUCAUGCAACAUUUUACCACACCUAUGUGGAUUGGAGUGGUGUCCCUCCACCUAGUAGGUUUGGGGGAGGUGGUGUCAGCUCGUUUUAUAUUUUUAUUGAUGUGUUUUUGGUGUCCAUUGUGUAGGGCGAUGCUUUUUUUUUUUUUUUUUUUUUUUUUUUUGCGUUGUUGCUGUGCAAGACUGUUUGACUUUGGUUUUCUUCUGCAACUUUUGGAUUUACCACCAACUGCCAGUCUUUUCUGCAUAAAUUUCUUUUGAAGAUCCCACAGUCAGUCCUUUGCUUUAAAAGUUUUCAUGCAGUUUUAAUUUGCUUUGUGAUAGCAUCGAUACUAGCAGUCUUCUAGCGAUUUUAGCUACGUUGACCUAAGUUUCUAUCAAUCUAUUCUGCGUUCCUGCUGACAACACAAUGGCUUUCCAAGCUGUAGAUCUGAACUCAGGGGCAUUGAGAGCCAGCAUGGACCUCGGGGCAGACGGCUUGCUAAAACAAGUAGCUGAUGAAGUUCGUAGAUUCAAGAAGGUGAAGACAGACAGAAGUUAUGACAGACAAAUCAGUAACAAAGCAUUGUGCUUGUUACGAAUCUCAGCUGUCUGAUUCUUCACCAGCAAGUCAGUCUUACGACAUCACUGGCAGCAAACAAGACUGCUCUCAACAUGUUAGUCAUCAAGUGAUCAUUGUUCAGUUGGACAGUGGGCCUGUGUCUGUCAGCUAUUAUGCAGAAAUAAAGAUCACAAAGAUAAAACCACAGUGCAUCUCACUCAGUUUCUGCCAGCAAGAAUGCAGGUGGCUGUUAAAUGGAUUGAGCUAGAAAAUUUAGAUUAUGAGUUCUUUUAUGUACAGAAAGAAGUUGUAUUAACAACUUGAGACUAUUCUCCCACAUUACUAUAGCUUUUUCCAUCACCAUGAACUGUGGACAGUCAUGCCUAGCGCUUUGAGCCUGCCUUUAACAGUAGGGAAAUUAAAUUAUUAAAUAUGUAUGCCCAUGCAGACACCUACACAUGCACACACUCACACAAAGGCAGACUAAAAUAGUUGGUGCUGUCGUAUUCCACGGUUAAUGGGCAGAAUAGGUUGAGGGAAGAAACUGGAGGAAAACCUUAUUUCCUUGUCCAGAUCCCCUGUGACAUUUUUCUGAGGGCAGGAGCUGAAAGAGAUGGUUGGGUGGGUGUGAAGGGUCCUGAAUAAUCUUACCAGCCAAUUUAAAUGUGGCCUGUGAGAAUUGCAGAAAUUUGUUUCUUUCUUUGUAUAUCUAAUGCAAGCAUUAAAAACAUAAAAUGUACACAAAUUUAGUUUGACACAUAUUGGGAAAGAAAAGCAACACACUGGAAAUUACGGGAGGCUAAAGGUGGUACAUCUGACUGGUUGAACUGUUAUGCCAUAAAGUGACAGAGAAACAAAAGAUGCUUGCAAUCACAGAAUGAUAUAACCAUGCUAUGAGCUUCUUAGGCAUGCCCAUCUGUGCAAGUCUCAUAAAGGGUAGUUGCUGCAGACAUUUCUUCAUGAUUGAUGUGUUCGCACUCCAGAUCAGGUCAUUCAUCCAGACUGCCAUUUCAGGAAGCUUAAAAGAGGACUUUUUUGACAGACUCCCCAUUGAUGACAACAAUGCCAACAUGCCAAUCAUUUUCUCUCUGGAUUCACCUCUGUAGGCCAUCUUAUGGAUUUCAGAAAUGAGGUCUACAAUUGUGUCAUCAGAGAAUUUGAUAGAUAUACAGAAGAUCUAUAUGGCUGCAUUGAGUAACACAUCCAGAUCUGUCCACCAUAUUUAAGUCUGAAAUCAUUAUGACAAAAUCAUCACAAGCUUAAAUAGAAAAAAUGAUAGUAUGCACAAAAAUUUUUUAAAUUAUUUAAAUUGCCCAUUGGGACAAAUAAAGUUGGUUAUUGUUAUUGUUACAAACAAUAUGAAUAUUUUUAUUGUUAAAAUGAUAAGGAAAUAUUCUUCAGAUCUUUACUAAAGCAGUGAAUACUACAUCAAAUUUUAUCACACAAUACAAGAAAUAUCAUUCCAUCAAACAGCCUUAUGCAGACCAAGUCACCAUUUAUAUUUGGUACUGCAAAGGAUAAAGAACCCAACAUUUUUCUUUCAUUUUGUGUUUUAUAUUAUUAUGAAACAACUUGCUUAAAAGGUUUAUUUAUUACUACCUAGGGUUCUUGUUAUCCUCCUCUUUAUGUGUGUGACCUCAACUGUGUUAGAGAUUAUACAACAUAAUCAGCUAUAAAAGGAAGUAUAAAUGAAAUAUUAUUAAACUUUAACAACAGUUUGUUUUUAUACUGUAAUUUUUGAAACCUGUUGCAAGUUAUGAAAAACUUGUUAAACACUAGUUUUGAAGUACCAAAAAAGUACCGAACUGAUCAUGUUUAUAUGUAUCAUGAUUCUGCAUUUUGUUGUAGAUAGCAUCUAUCCUGUGAUCAUAACACUUUAAAUAUACUAUAUAAUUAUCUUUGUCACAUUUUAUUAGCAACCUGCAUAUUGAGUCUUCACAUUUGUCUACCCUUUUGAUUUUUAUGGAAUUUAAAUGUGACCUGUGGGAAUCUGCGGAAACUUAUUUCUUUGCUUGUAUAAGCAAUACAAGCAUUAAAACUUAAAAUGUACACAGAUUUACUCCACUGAAUGCCUGUAUGCCAGCUUAACAUGAGACAGCUACUGUAUAUAAUAUUUCUCAAGAUAUUCUCAGUUCUUGAGAAAUGAUCAAGAUGUGUGACAAUUUCACUAUUUAAAUGACCUUUACUGUUAUGUUUCACUGUUUCUGAGGCCAGAAACUUUCCACAGAUGUCUAAUCAUUUCCCACUACUCUCACUCCUUAGAGCAAUUAACCACAACAUAUACAUAUGUAUAUUACAUAAAUGCAGUGUAUGAAAUAUAAAUUGUCAGACUUUAUUUUAUAGACUUUCAGACUGUUGUUUUAAGACUACUCAAAUGUAAUCAGUCCUUAAUUUAAACAUUUUUCAGAUAAUAUCAUGUAAACUGCUUAUUACUUUGAUCCAUUGAUAUGAGAUUCUCAUCAAAAGAUAAUUAUCAUGACACUGUUACCAUAAAAUUUUCUAAUUGUAUGUCAGAUAUGCCUUCAAGUUCUUGUUGAUCUAUUAAAAUUUUUAAUGUUGAAUAUUAAAGUUUAUAAUAAGUG